AAAAUACCGGAAGAAGGGGUCAAAACGAAAGUAGACAUGUCAGAAGAUCAUGGACGCAACUACAACGUUGUACAUGUCAGGUUUCCUGGACCUGUUUGGUGUCAGCAUGCUAGUGCCACAGAUUGGAACCCAUGCCCGUGAGCUGGGUGCUUCCUCAACAGCAGCUGGCUUUAUUGGGUCGGUGUAUGGUGCUCUACAGCUUUUCUCAAGUCCUAUUAUGGGCCGUUGGAGUGAUGUGACAGGUCGGAAGUUCUGCCUUGUACCGUGUCUUCUCAUGUCCGCGGUAGGCUACCUGACAAUGGGCUUCUCCUACACACUGACGAUACUCAUGUUCUCACGAAGCAUCACAGGUAUGUUUAAACAAAGUCAGAGUAUAUCACGGUCGAUGCUGUCAGACAUCACCUCUGCGGACCAGCGCUGCCGAGUGUAUGGGAGGUUUAACUCAUUGUCCAGUGUUGGCUUUAUCCUCGGGCCACUGGUCAGUAGCACCAUCAUACAGUAUGAGGGAGGAUUCUACAUAGUCAGCUGUUUGUGUGGUUCCAUAUUUAUACUGAAUGCUGUUCUGAUGUGGUUCAUUUUACCGACCACUGCUCCUACCAAGAAGAAGCCAUCACAGUAUAACGGUGUGACGAAUAUAAUUGCGUCUUUUAAACAUCUCAACUGGACAAAACUUUGGGAUAUUUUCCUUGUAAAUUUCUUUUCCGGAUUUUCUGUAAUGCUGUUCCGCAGUAACUCAGACAUGAUUUUCAUGGACAGGUUCGGAACAACAAAACAACACAUGAGCUAUCUGACGUCCUAUACAGCCGUAGUAUCGGCCCUGUGUGGUUUUGUGUCAGGUUGGAUAGCUGCUAAGUACCAAAACAACUACAGACUCUAUCAGCACAUGGUGUGUGGACUGUUUGUGGCGUUAGUGGCACUCACCUUGGUUGUUGACUUCUGGAUGUAUAUACUUGUAUUGGCAUUGCUGAGCUUUGUGACAACAAAUCUUCGGGUGGCUAGUGCCAGUCUGCUGGUCCAGCGGGGCGGAGCCGAGGGAGUAGGGGCGGUGAUGGGCCUUGGAGACACUGUAAUGUCUGUGGCACGCAUGCUGUCCCCUCUCCUGUCUGGUAUGGCCUUGGAGAUCAGCUCAUCAGGUCCGCCUCUCAUGGGAUCAGUAAUGGCUGGCAUAGCUGUUACACUUAUCAUCCUAAGAUCACAAACAAAACUUCACCAAGAAUGAAAUUGUGUUCUGUCAGACGUAUAUAUAUAUAAUAUGUUUUAUAAUAAAAUCAUCAUUCAGGAAUUUUUAGUUUUAUGAAGUGGAACAGAUAAGUUGAAUACUACAUGUUUGAAUCUCUUUUCUAUGUACUUUAAUUAAUUAAAGUAGAACAUACUAGUCUAAAGGUAAACAUGUCCUCACAUCUCACAUGAAUUGUCCUCGCAUCUAACAAUGAAUGAAACAGGUAUUACAAGUUUCAUUAAUUGUGUCAUCAUUAUACUACACAAUAUAUAUAUAUAUUCUGUGACAUAAACUUGUCAUUUUGUACGUCUGAUGUAUGGUGAUACAUUAAUUAAUUCCGUAUUAAUACCUCAGGGACUUCAAUCAUUUUCAAUCCUUUGACCUAUUUUUGAAGCUAUACUCAACUGUGACAAGUCACUAAAUUUCUGAUAAUAUUUUUAUGCUCUAACAGUAAACCCUUAAAGUAAGCAUUUUUUCUUUUCAUUAUUAUUAGAGACAGAUGAUUCAUUGCCUUGUGGCUAAAACUAAAGAUUUGACCAGGACAGAGUUUAUUAUCACAAGAUGUUACUUUUUGCAAUUUACAUGUAGAAAUAUUUAAUGUGCAUUGAUAAAUUAAUUUCUCAUUCAAAUGUAACAAGGUUGUGUCUGACUCUCCUGAUGAUCCAGAGGAUUUUAAACCAGAAAACUUUUGUUGUUACAAAUCCUGGUUAUUUUAACUGGCAAACUUUUCUGAAACCCAUAUUAUAUGUCUCAUAUAAAAACAUAGGAUUUCUUUCCACUUAUUCACUUAUUGCUUUCUUGUUGGUGUUUUUGUAUAAAUUAUAUGUCCUUUUUAUGGCUGUAACCCUUUUGAUUUUCCUAUACUGUUUUGUCCAAGUGUAAAGAAAUUUAGGAAAAGGUGCCAUAUCUUGAUUAACAAUUUGUUUUUUUAGAAAGAAACUGUAUUAUUUUAAAUUGCAAAAAUACAGAAAAGGUAGCCAAGAUAUAUUUUCAUUUAUUAUAUUGCAUGUUGAAAUGAAAGAUACUUACCUAUCUUAAUAAAACAAUUCAUAAACAAUUCUGCUGUCCUUGUUAGCUCCUUUCCUAUAGUCUCUAAAAAACCCAGAAACUCCAACAAGUACAACCUUAGCCGUUCACUCACUUCCACUAUAUGCAUGGUCAAAACAGUGACGUAUCCUUUGAAUAGGAGACAAUACGUAUGAGUAACCAUGUUUUGCUGCACUUAUCAAAAGUAUUAAUCAUUCAUCAUUGCCUUAAAUAAAAUGGGAGUAUGGAGAGUAUCAUACAAGUCAGUUAUGACUAGCCAUUCUGCUUUUUACCCAUUACAUCAGAUAUCUCAAUCUCAACUACAAAUACUUCUGUUAAUAGGAUCGAAAACACAGAUUUUUCUAUUACAAUUAGAGAUACCUGUAUUUCAGUCAGAAAAAUCCUAAUUUCAAUUACCGAGGUAAAGAAAUCUGUAAGAAAAUAUCAUAUCAGUUUUAUUUAGAGAUAUCUCUAUUUGUGUAAAUACAGAUAUUGUGGAUAUGAAAUAGAGAUUUUUUAAAGCAAAGACAUUAAUUAGUAUUUCAAACAGAGAUAUAUCUUUUUAAUGGAUGAACACUCAAACAGUUGUUCAGUCACUGCUUAAAGAAGAUGCUUCUAUUUUUCUGUUGUAUAACUUAUACAUUUUUUACAUAAUACAAGUGAUGUAUGAUUGGUCAAAUCUGAGUUGUGUCGAGCAUUGCUAACUACAGCUCAGUUGUCGGUCUAGGGGUCGAUUUCCUGAUUUUAAUCUGGGUAAGCCAUUGCAUAUCCCGGCACUGUUGACCAGGAGAAGUGACAAGGAUUUUAACCCGGAACUCUGUAUUUUAUUUUAAUUGACCAAGUACUUUUGUACGAGACACCUGAAAACUACAGGUGUUUAGAGCAGAAGGCAUCCAACAGUUAUUACAGAGGAAUUAAGAUUAAUACCUUAGUCAUAAAAUACCUUGAUAUUGAUACAAGUGCAAUUACCUGGUACAUGUUAUGUAAAACACAAGUGUAAGUUCUGAUAUUAUUCAAUAUUGGUGACAGGCAUAUCUAUUUUAUGUAUGUUGGUAAAUAAUUAAUAAUGUCCAAAUUCCAAAAUUUAGUCAGUAGACAGUCAAGCCUUGUUAUACUUGCCAUCCUUUGCACUGUGAACUAAAUAUUUGGAGAUAAAAAAAGAUUUAAAAAUAAAUAAAUUGAGGAGGCCAACUAUAGCUAUAAAAGACUUUGUGAGAUUGAAGAAAAACAAAGACUUUUUAAAUUUAUUUAUGGUUGUUGUAGCUAGAUGACAAAUGCUACAAAGUGUAUCAGAAGCUUUAUUGUAUAAUAUAUGGUUGUGUUAAAAAUAAAUUUGAUAAA